AUGAUAACUGAUAAAACGAUACCACAUAACAAACCCGACAUAACAGUAAUUGACAAACAACAUAAUAAUGCAUUCGUCAUCGAUAUUUCCAUACCAAACAAUCACAAUAUGGAUAGAAAGCAUAGAGAAAAGGUUGAGAAGUACACCGAAUUAAAACGCGAAAUUAAAGAUAUGUGGCGGCUCAACGAGGUCAAAAUUGUUCCGAUCAUCCUGACAUCAAUGGGACUGAUACCAAUAAAUUUGAAAAAUUCUCUGGAAGAUAUUGGAAUUCAAUACAAGACUUACCGUGAAAUUCCUCUAGAAUUACUCAAGUACGGCACGGAUAAAUUAUAUAAGCAGCUCGAUAGUUUUUUCCAAAAGUGCCUUAAUGGUGAAAAUAUACCGAAAGAAUGGAAGACAUCAUAUAUAAUAACAAUACACAAGAAAGGAAGUAAAGACGAUUGUGAUAAUUAUCGAGGAAUCUCCGUGCUGAGCUCUGUUUCAAGGUUCUAUGGAAAAUUGGUCAAAAAGAGAAUUGAGGAAGAAUACCGGGAUAUGGAGGCUGAAGAACAAGCGGGGUUUAGAGCUGGUAGAUCCACGGUCGACCAUUUAUUUACACUGACACAGAUAAUUGAGAAAAAGAUGGCAAGAAAUCAAGAAAUACAUCUCCUCUAUGUAGACCUCAAGAAAGCAUAA